AUGCCGCUUCAACUCGAGGACAUGGCAUUCAAAGAUGGCGCUGCCUACGCCCACACAUAUGUCACCUCUUUCCAGAACAACGCCUAUUCUAGAGCCUCCUACGCAGACCAGACUUUCGACCAGCGGGUAGCGGGGGUUAUCCGUCGUUGGCCGAAAAACUAUGGCCAGACGCUUGUUGCUUAUAAAAAGGUUGUCGACACGGACACGGGAGAGUUGGUCAGCUGGGUUAAGAUAGGGUUCGAGAACACUGACAUCGACCCCAGGCUGUUUGCUCCAGCGGAUAUACCGGAAGACGUUGAUAUCGAGAUCGUUACCCAGCCAACAUCAGCUCCCAAGGAUCAAAAUAUAGCCACCUCCAGGUCCGACUUUAUAGGCAGAGCCGAGGCGGCGCGGUCGCGAGAUUUGGGCAAUCGGCCUGCCAUCGUUGUGUAUCUGUUUGGGACACAUCCCAAGGCGCAGCGACGUGGUGCCGGGAGCUUACUCAUGGCCUGGGUCACAGAGCUGGCAGAUCGAGAAGGGCUCGCCUGCUGGGUGACGAGCUCCGAGAUAGCUGUGCCCUUGUACAAGAAAUUUGGCUUUGAGGUGGCCGAGGAGAUUACCAGCGUACGACAGAUCUGGGAGAUUAGAUAA